UGGCAGUUCACUAGUUGAAUCCUCGUCGUCCUCGUCCAACCACCGACGCAGCGAUUCACAAUCAAUCAAAGUUCAAACCCCAAUUCAUACGCCAUCCCAAAUCUGGCGGUGGCCGGUGAGAGAGAUUGCGGUUAGGGCAUCGGAAGCUUUCCGCUGAAGAAAGAGAGCCCACUGCCCACCAACCAGCACCAGCCCGUCUCUCUCGCCGAGGUUUACUCUGCUUCAGCCGGCGCCAGACAGCGAUGGACAGAGCUUCCUCCGACGAAGACGACGAUCGCGAGAGCUUCCUAGAGCAGAAUGACCGGAAACAUCCCCAUCCCAUCCCUCACCAACCCUCAUCCUCUCCCCGCCGCUCCCCCUCCUCUUCUCUCCACGUCGAGGAUCUCCGCACCUUCGGCAAUGGCGUCCGGCGCCGGUUGUCCAAGAGGUACCUCUUCGCCGUCUUCCUCCCUCUCUUCAUCGUCCUCCUCUACUUCUCCACCGACUUCCGCACCCUCUUCUCUAACUCCAAAUUCCCCGUCCUCAAUCUCGAUCCCCUUUCCGAUCGGAUGCGCGAGUCCGAACUCCGGGCCCUCUACCUCCUCCACCAGCAGCAGAGCUCUCUCCUCUCCCUCUGGAACCAUUCUUCCAAUUCUUCAUCUUCGUCCAUCCAAUCCGCGCUCCUGCCCUUGAUUUCGCUCAACAAGCAGAUUGAACAGGUUCUAUUAUCCCCUCAUAACUCCCCCAUCAACAACACUACAUUGUCUUCAGAUUCCGAUCCAUCUGCCGUGGCUCCUGCUCGCUUCUCCAGCUGCCAGAGCCUCCACCGUCGCCUGCCGGACCGGAAAACCAUGGCCUGGAAGCCCCGGCCCGAUAAGUUCUUGUUUGCUAUUUGUUUGUCGGGCCAGAUGAGUAACCACUUGAUUUGCCUGGAGAAGCACAUGUUCUUCGCUGCUUUGCUCAAUAGGGUCUUGGUUUUCCCGAGCAAUCGAUUUGAUUAUCACUAUAGUAGAGUAUUGGAUAUCGACCACAUUAAUACUUGUCUUGGAAGCAAGCUUGUGCUCAACUUCGAAGAAUUCGAGGAGAUGAGGAAGGAUCGCCUGCGAAUUGAUAAGUUCAUAUGUUACUUCUCAGCCCCCACGCCUUGUUACGUCGACGAGGACCAUGUCAAGAAGUUGAAGGCCUUGGGGAUCUCUGUGGGGAGUAAGCUAGAGUCUCCUUGGAAAGAGGAUAUCAGGAAACCUGGUAAAAGGACUGCCCAGGAAGUGGUGGCCAAGUUCUCGUCUGAUGACGAUGUUAUCGCCAUUGGAGAUGUCUUCUACGCGGAUGUUGAGACGGAAUGGCUGAUGCAGCCCGGUGGCCCUCUGGCUCACAAAUGCAAGACCUUGAUUGAACCUAGUAGACUUAUCACGCUCACAGCCCAGCGUUUCAUCCAGACUUUCUUGGGGAACAAUUUCAUUGCUCUCCAUUUCCGGCGGCAUGGCUUUUUGAAGUUCUGCAAUGCCAAAAAGCCGAGUUGCUUUUACCCGGUUCCUCAAGCUGCCAGCUGCAUCGCUCGCGUGAUUGGAAAAGCAAAUGCACCAGUUAUCUAUCUUUCGACUGAUGCAGCAGAAAGUGAAACCAACUUGUUGCAGUCACUAGUGGUUGUGGAUGGGAAGACCAUACCAUUAGUUAAGCGACCUCCUCCUAAUGCAGCUGAAAAGUGGGAUGCUUUGUUAUAUAGACAUCACCUUGAGGAUGAUCCACAGGUGGAAGCUAUGCUGGAUAAGAGCAUAUGCGCCAUGUCAAGUGUAUUUAUUGGGGCAGCAGGAUCAACUUUCACGGAAGAUAUUCUAAGGCUUCGCAAGGACUGGGAUACUGGAUCAUCAUGCGAUGAAUACCUGUGCCAGGGUGAGCUCCCAAACUUCAUAGCAGAAGAUGAAUGAAAUGAAGAAGAAGACGAUGACGAGAAGACUCGAGGUUUGGGAAUUAGGGGAGAUGGAUUCAUUUCCUUACUUGCAUCCUUGAUUGUAGUUGGUUGGAGCGGAGCAGAGCAGCUGCUGGGAAACAAUGAACGAUGGAAUCCUUCUGUCAGUGUUUUCUGUCGUGGAGAUCCCUGCUGAGCCCGACUCUUGUGCCUGAGAUAGCUAGGGAGCAACCGAGCUGCUCCGUCCAUUCGUUCAUUCAUUCAUUCAUUCCUGAAGAUACUUGUAAGAAAGCAGCAGUUUGUAUCUUUAGCCGUUUUAUUAGUAUUAUGCAUACAGAAGCGGCGUUUUCUCGGCUCGGCUGUGCACAAAGGGAGUGCUUUAGAAGUUGAAGAAAUAAUACAUAUACAAGUUACAACAGCGGAAUUUGGAGGUUAUACUUCUUGGUUUUGAUGCACAACACGAGAAAGGAAUUCGUUGGAUCGAUUGCUGUGGAAAUACAAUAAACUUUAGUUAGUAACUCUGCUACUUUUGCUCCUCUUCCAAUCCUUAAGAGGGGACUGGAACCAUGAUUGUCAAUGGGCGACUUUGUCCAUCGUCUUCCCUGAUCGCAUUAUCCUAAAAUGUGUGGUUUUAUUCUUUUUUCUUGUCAUAAAAAAUCGCACUCUAAAAAAAUAAAAUUGCACUCGGUCAAAAAAAAUCGCAAAU